ACGCUGGGGAAGAAGAGCAUAAGUAACGUAACAGUAGAAGUACAGCAGAAGCGCAGGGGGCAGAUCAUUCAUCCGCUGAAUCAAACAACACUUGUUGAACACAGGACAUCGUUUUACAUCAUGGAGCAGAAACGAACCAUCAACUUUGGCGCUGGACCUGCAAAACUCUCCCAAACCGUGCUGCUUCAAGCACAGAAGGAGCUCCUCAACUACGGUGGCACUGGUAUUAGUGUUCUUGAGAUGAGUCACCGAUCAUCGGACUUCAGCAAAAUCCUCAACAAAACAGAGAGUCUGCUGCGAGAGUUGCUAAACAUCCCAGACAACUACAAGGUGAUGUUUCUGCAAGGCGGCGGGUCUGGACAGUUCAGCGCUGUUCCUCUCAACCUGAUUGGGCUGAAGGAAGAUAGGUGCGCUGACUACCUGGUGACCGGCACAUGGUCAGCAAAAGCAGCAAAAGAAGCAGAGAAAUACGGCAAAGUCAACAUUGUCCACCCGAAGCUGGAUAGUUACACAAAAAUUCCCAACCCCAGCAGCUGGACCCUGAACCCCUCAGCCUCCUACGUGUACUACUGCUGCAACGAGACGAUCCACGGCGUGGAAUACAACUUCACACCUGAAACAAACGGGGUGGUCCUUGUCAGUGACAUGUCCUCCAACUUCCUGUCCCGACCUGUGGAUGUGUCGAAGUUUGGGCUGAUUUUCGCCGGGGCUCAGAAGAAUGUGGGCUGUGCCGGGGUAACUGUGGUAAUCGUGCGGGAGGACUUGUUAGGUCAUGCCCUCAAAGAGUGUCCCAUUGUCCUGGACUACAAGGUGCAGGCUGAAAUGAACUCCCUCUACAACACACCACCAAGUUUCAGUAUCUACAUCAUGGGUCUGGUUCUGGAGUGGAUUAAGAACAAUGGUGGCAGUGCUGCCAUGGAAACUCUCAACAAGCGGAAGUCCUCCAUGAUUUAUGACCUCAUUGACACCUCUAACGGUUUCUAUGUGUGUCCUGUCGAUGUGGCUUGUCGAAGCCGCAUGAAUGUGCCAUUUCGUGUGGGGAAGAAAGAGGGAGAUGACGCCUUGGAAAAGAAGUUUCUGGAUGGCGCAUCCAAACGUGGAAUGAUAUCACUGAAAGGACACAGGUCAGUUGGGGGAAUUCGUGCAUCUUUGUACAAUGCUGUCACAGUGGAGGACACUGAAGCCUUGGCUGCCUAUAUGAAAGAAUUCCUGAAAGAGCACCAGUAAUACAGGCCACGCUAAAAUUCAGCUGAUAUCACAUAGUGGCAUUUGGUUACACCAGUACAGUUUCAAAACAGCUCUUGUUUACCUCUAGUUAAGAUCUGUGUUGGAUCUGGAAGGUGCACCUUUUAGACACUUUAGACGUUUCUGUGUUCCUAAUAAGCUUUAACCACUGCUGUUACAAGUAAUGUCUUAAUUACAUCUGUGUUUCAUACACUUUACUCUUUUAAUGAAUUUAUUGACUAACGGUGUUUUGGUGUACAUACUGUACGUAAUUCUUGUUACUUGUUCAAAAUAUAUUUACAUACCAGUAAAUCUAACUUGACAUUA